AUGCCUUGGACUUUUUUCGUAGGUCAAUAUAAAACUAAAUGCUAUCAAUGCCAAAAGACAAUACAGCGAAUUCGUAGUCUUCUCGACGACGUCAAUAUUAUAAGAAAAAAUGAAGUUUUAGCUGUAUGUGAUCAUUGUAAGCGAAGUAAUUUUAAAAACAAGUGCAAGAGGUGUGAAUUCUUAUUAGAAAGAUUCAUAUCAUGUAGUACAGAAAAGCAAGCAAAUCUUAAGGACGAAUAUAGAUCCUGGUGGUGUUCGGUAAAAGACACCCUCUUAACGAUUCUUGAUGUCAAAAAAACGUGCCCUCAUCGAGUAUGUUUUGUUCAAAAUUCGGAUAUUGAACUGAAAAAUCUUAUUGAUUUAUUAAAAUCACCAUCACCAACUAUACGGCCCUGUUUUGAUACGUUUCCCAAUAAAGAAGUCGAAUCCUCGGUUCCUAUAGAUGAAGAUACCAAGAAGGUUUUGCUAGGAGUUAUAGAUGAUCUGUGUCUUGAUAAUGUUCCAUGUCUAAGUAAAGGUUCCUCUUUCUCCGAAGCAAGUACGUGUAUGUGCCGAUACUUUGACGAUAGGAAAAAGACUGACCCGCAACAGAUGCAGCCAAAAAUGUCUUUAGAAAUGCCUGCUAUACAAGAGAGCCACUCAGAGAAAGAAAUAAGAAGCUCUCAACACCAUACACCAGAAUUAACUAAAAGAUUACCAGGAAUAGUGGCAGAAGGAAAGAAAUCCAGUGAACUCUUUAAAACAGCAGGUGGGAGAAUAAAAGAAAGUGCUGGAAGAGAAAAGAGAUCAGGCGAUAGGAGAAAAAUAGAAUCGCGUAAAAGUAAGGUGAAAAAUGACGAGUCAAACAAAGGACUACUCACUGAAGACCAGACGGAAAAUAAGUCAGGAAAACGGCCAACGAAAAACGUCCCUGAAACUAAAAUUAAACUAGAUCCCGGCGAAGAACUAAUGUUGAGGUUGAUAAAGGAACAUAAAAGAGAAAAUCAAGGGAAGGGGAGAACGAAGUCAGCUGUUCAGAUUUUGAAAAAUAUGCCGAAGUUUGAUGAUCUUCCCGAGUUACCAGUUAGAAGUACAGCGACGGUCAUGAGCGAGUCUGGAAGUACUUUAGUAUGCACACCGCCUAAUACUCUACCGCAGGUUAUGAUAAGAGGUGUCCAUACUGUUCCCUUGGAUCGUCAUACAAAGUCAAAGACUCCCGUUAAACUGGAACCCUUGCUGUUUAGGAGACAGUUUGAUACCAAUGCGUCUCUCAGCCCGUCUACAAAAUGCUUAGACUCGUCAAAAACGGAAGUGCAUGAACAUAAGCAACACAGUAAAGGAAUAAUAAAGUACGCGCUUUCAAACAAGGAGUUCAUCGACAAAGGCUGGACUAAAUUACCGACAACAAGAGUAAUGAGAAAAAUGAACGUAUAUAAAGUGGAGCCGGCUAAUCCGCAAUUCGAUUGGUUUAAAACCCACAGCCAUGAGCGCGUAAUAUAUUAUGACACUGGGGAAAUGUUAGCCGAGAUAAAUGAGGACGGAUGUGGUGGAAAGUGGUUCUAUAAGAACGGCGAUGUUGCUUUGGACUUUUAUAAUAGCCAGGAUGUAAAUAAUAAGCAACGAUAUAUAAUCUAUGAAUGCAAAGAUUCUGGUGAUAGUUAUGUAAUUAGAAAGCCAAUAACAAUAUUGUCUUGUUUUGAUUAUUUGGGAAACGGUAUCGUAUAUGAUCACGCUGGUAAAGUAAGAUUAAAAUACAAUCAGUCCGAAGGAAUAAUCAUCGAUAAAAAUAUUGGAACUCCUAGUAAAUGGAAAUGGCACACACUGAACGACCCUCCGGUUUUACAAAAUGUCUACGUCGACAAUUAUGUUAAAAGCGAUGUAGUUAUGAAGAACUUUAUCAAACACGACGAUGAUGUAAAAGAAGACCCUGUUAAAACAAUCGAUGAAAAAAUGUUAGCAGUUGAGUUUGAUAAUUUCGUAAAAUAUAGAACAACGAAGUUGAUGCAAAAACUAACUCCGUUCAAGAUAAAGUUCAAAGCUGUGAAAAUUAACGAUUACUUUUCGUUGAGGAUUAUUGAUCAAGCGAAUGUUUAUGUUAUAUUUAGAUGUGGUCAUGCGGCUUUAAAAUUAAAUAUAGGAAUGCGUUUGAAGAGUGAUGAGAUAAUUGAUACGGUCACAGCGGAAAUGGCAGAGGUAUCGACGCCGUACGACGUGGAUUUUCCAAAUACGAGAAGCCUUUGUAACAUUCAGGAAAUAUUAGAUGCCACGCGAAUGUUUUAUAAAACCAAGCAAAGAUAA